AUGCCUGAACGGGCUCUGUAUAACGCAUCCAAGUUUGCCCUGCACGGGUAUUUCGGGUCACUGAGGCAUGAGCUGCACGACUAUGGCGUUCACGUGUCUCUGAUAUGUCCCGGCUAUGUUGCCACCAACCUUUCGCUGAAUGCCUUAACCAGCGAUGGAUCGGCACAUGGCAUGCUGGAUCCCACAACGGCAAAGGGAUAUCCGCCUGAGUUUGUGGCGAAGAACGUCCUGUAUGCCAUCGCCCAGAAAAGAGAUCUCGUGAUCCUGGCCGAUGUCAAGGUUUGGAUUGCCUACGUACUCACAAUCCUGAGCCCCAGCAUGCUCUUCAAAGUGACUCACACAAAGAGUUUCAAAAAGUAA